UUCAGAUACACACACGCAUAUAUAUAUAUAUAUAUAUAUAGUUCUUUCUUUUUUCUCCAUUUCUCUCUCUCUCUUUUUUUUAUUACAUACUUUUGUAUAAAUAAAUUAUGUAUGAAACUAAAAUUGAAGAUACUAGUAAGAAAUUAGAUAAUAAUGAAAGUACCACACUAUCUCAACAACCAACGACAGAGAAUCAGCCAUCAAGUGUAUCCGUCCUAAGUACAACUGAUGAUGAGGAUUAUCGUGACGAACCUAUUUAUAUUGAUGAUGGUAUUCCAUCUGAAAUACCUCUAGAGGCACUUGCAGGCCCUGCUCUUAUCUUGCCUGCUAAUGAUCUCCUUCCCAAUAAUACAGACCUCGAUGGCCGUACGUUGAAUGAAGAAUUUGAUUGGGAAGGGAAGGAUGAUGACGAAGAAGAGGAUGAUGAAAAGAAAGAGAAUAGUACGUCCAGUAGACGUAAUACCUUGGCGCGAAGUGGUGUUAUCAUUUGUCUUAAUCAAAACGCUUCACAUAUUGCUUGGGCUUGUAUCAUCUUAUUUGCCCUUAUCUUUAUUGCUAUCGAUGUCGCAGUCUUUGUUGUUUAUCGUCAUCGCGUUAAUAUCACAUCUUAUGGUUUACAAUUAUGGUUUACCUGGAUCACCUUUAUGUGGUGUAUUGGAUUUAUGUCACAAAUUUUUGUAGAGUUGGUGCCUUGGGCAAUUAAAAAGGGUGUUGGAUUUUUUGGAUCUCAAUCCACUGAAGUAUUAAGAAUGAGAUUAUCUUAUUAUAUGGCAUUGCGUGUCUAUAUUAAAUUAUUCAUUAUCUCCGCGUGGGCUUGGGGAUCUUGGGCCUUUAUUAAAGAUCGUAUUGCAUUACCUUUAAAUGGAAAGCUACAAUAUGAAGCACAACCUAAAUAUGCCGGUGUUUUUUAUAGUGUCUGGGAAGCUGUAUUCUUUGCAACAUUAUUUCUUUUCAUUGAAAAGUUUAUUUUACAAUUGAUAGUAACUUUUUUUUAUAGGAAAGCAUAUGAAGAUAGAAUUAAAGAAAAUGAUCGAGCACUUCAUAUCUUGGAUAAACUCAAAAAAGUGAAAAGAAAGAAUCCACAAGAAUUUCUUUUGAAACGUAUUCGACGAAACAAGAACAAGACAAGCAGCAAUAACAAUACACCUAAUGGCACUACUACAACAACAAGAACACACUCAUUAGAUGAAACAAACUCAAAUGAUCAACAUUAUUUUAAUUAUCAACCUCCUUCACGUACAACGGCAACAAAGUCUAUUAUAGCCAUGGAUGGCAAUCAGCAACCUAAUAAAUCCAAUGUCAAGUUCCCUACUCAUAACAUGGAUACCUUAAUCGCGAUUCCUCCUUUAGAGGAUAGACAUCCUAGAUCGGAUGAUGAAAAGCAAGAUUACCACUGUCAAGAGAACGUCAACACGACCGAUAAGCCAAACGAUAUCAUUCAUAAGAAGAAGAAGAAGAAAUUCUUUAAUAAAUUGACGAGUAGAGUGAAGAAGAUUGAAAUGCAUGAUAAUAGCUCAUCUUCCGGAAGUGAUUUUAUAUCCUCUACGUCAUCUACACCAUCUCCUAUUACUAUAUCAAGGGAAAACAUGUGUCACUCACGUAAAAGUCAAGAAGAGAAAGGGUUUUUAGGAGGGGCCAAUGCUCUAAAGGGGAAAUUGUUUAAGGACAGUUAUCAUAAAUUUAUUACACAAGCCAAUUACAAUCAUAAUAAUAGUGGCAGUAAUAAUAAUCAUAAUAAUAAUAAUGCAACUAACUCGAUUCAACAGGCAAAAUAUUUGGCUAAAAAAAUUUAUAAUAAUCUUAUGGGACCUGAUAAUAAUCGGGAUACGAUUGUAGAGGCUGAUUUUUACCCCUUUUUCAAGACGACCAAGGAAGCUAGUUAUGCCUUUAGUUUAUUUGAUGCAGAUGGGAAUGGAGAUAUUAGUAAACGUGAAUUAAGAGCAGGUUGUGUUCGUAUUUAUCGUGAACGUAAGAACUUGAGUCGAUCCAUGCGUGACCUGUCACAAGCGACAGGUAAAUUAGAUAUCAUCUUGAUGAUCAUCUUUACUGUUGUGUGGGUUAUUAUCGUCUGUGCUGCCUUUGGUGUCAAUGUGGGUACAGACUUGAUGCCUCUCUGGAGUGCCUUUGUAGCAGCCAGCUUUAUUUUUGGUACCUCUGCAAAGGAUGCCUUUGAAUCCAUUAUUUUUGUCUUUGUUACACAUCCUUUUGAUUCUGGAGAUAGAGUAAUGAUUCAAAAUGAAAAUUGGGUUGUUCAAAAUGUUGGAUUAUUAGUUACUACAUUUGUUAAAUGGGAUGGAUCCAUUGUAUAUGCUAAAAAUUCAACUCUUUCAACUCAAUAUAUUAUUAAUAUCAGAAGAUCAGGCAGAACGGGUGAAACAAUUGAUUUACAAGUCAGUUUCUCAACACCUUCAUGGAAGAUCAAACAACUUACAGAACACAUGGUUCAAUGGUGUAAUCAAUACCCUAAACUUUAUACAACAAAUGCAACAUCCACUAAUAUAGUCUCUUAUCCAAAUGAAAAUACAAUUUCACUUAGUUUUUACUUUGAACAUAUCCAAAAUUGGCAAGAUUCUGGAGGACGAUGGUUACGCCAUAAUAAUUUUAUGUAUGAACUCAAGGAAGAGUGUGAACGUCUUGAGAUUAAUUACACAGCACCGUCUGAACCUUCCUCUGAAGCGAAUAGUAGUGGUAAUAAACCAAAUGAUGCUCCUCCAGAGGUGUAUAAUAUGGGUUCCAAGGCUGGCCAUGGAUUAGAAGGCAUAAAAACAAGAAGACCUUAUGAAUUAGAAGAUGAAUAUGGAUAUAGAAAUCAACCUAUUGGUGGGGACUCAAGUAAUAACCCUUCUACUCCUCUUUCUAGUGGUAAUAAUCAAGCUGAAUCAGAAAAUGUAGGGGCCGUUGCUGGAGCAGCUUCUGCUUUAAUUUUUGGUACCGAAUUUUAAGCUCUUUAUUAUUAGUGUCAAUAAUAACAGAAUUCGUUGUUGUUCUAUUUUUUUUUUUUUUAAUUCAUUGUAUAGUGACACCAUUUUCAAAUAAUUCCC